GAAGCAGCCAGUCAGGGGCAGCAUGAGGAGCGUGCGGAAGCGGAAGUGAGGUUUCCGUGGAGACAGUGGAGCCUGCGAAAGACGGCGGCGGCACCUGCGAGCGGAGGCCGAGGCAGGGUAUGGUGGUGCCCACGACCCUGUGAGAGGAAAGCGGCCGCAGGGUGCGCCAUGCGCCGGCGGCUCUGACAUGGGCGCCAGCGGCUCCAAAGCUCGGGGCCUGUGGCCCUUCGCCUCGGCGUCGGGGGGCGGCUGCCCGGAAGCGGCGGCCGCUGAGCAAGCUUUGGUGCGUCCGCGAGGCCGAGUCGUGCCCCCCUUCGUAUUCACGCGCCGAGGGUCCAUGUUCUAUGAUGAGGAUGGAGAUCUGGCUCACGAAUUCUAUGAGGAGACAAUCGUCACCAAGAACGGACAGAAGCGGGCCAAGCUGAGGCGGGUGCAUAAGAACCUGAUUCCUCAGGGCAUCGUGAAGCUGGAUCCCCCCCACAUCCACGUGGAUUUCCCUGUGAUCCUCUAUGAGGUGUGAGCCUGGGGGGUUGCAGGCCUAAGCAUCUCCUGCCUCAGCAAGAAAUCCUCAGGCUCAAAGUGUGGCUUCCACUGAGGAACCUAGGCUGAAGCCACAAUCCUGAAUAAACUCCACUGGCCUGGAACUGUCAGCUGUGAGCUGUGAGCAGGGCAGUCCUGCAGUACUGGUUGGGUGCUGGUUUGCAUUUGGACAAGAGGUGGCUGGUGGCUGGUGAGGGCUAAGGGUGGAGUUACCAGCCCACCUUCCCCAGUAAUCCCUAUAAGGAGCAUGGCAGGACACGUGCUGACUGGGAAUGUCUGGUUCCUGAGCCCUUGCCUGGCCUCCUUUCUUCCAAGCUUGCCUAGGGACCAACCCUACUAGGGGCUACAGCACUUUACAAGUAAGGUCUUUUUUCCAGCCCCUGGGCUGUGGGAGCUGUACACAAGUGGGAACUUCCUUUUCCUCACUUCCUUUACCUGUUCGUUGGAGCAUUUCAGCCGUUUGCUACCUCGAUUCCUCCUCUGUUGACAGAGGCUGGGGGCAACGCAAGCCUGAUUCUUCCUAUUUACCUGCCCAUGUGUUCCCACCCCCAGAUGAGUGGACAGUUUGCUGGCUGUUAAUAGGAAUAGGGACUGAUGUGGGAGGCUUCUCCAGCUACCCAGGACUGGGCUGAUCCCUCCCCACUGUAACUAGUUGUCCCUUGAUGGCACCCUUUCCUCCUCCCCCCAUUGAGAGGGACUAGGUUGGGAUCAGGAAGGGCUGUGGAUGCCUGUGCCUAUGGGGAGUUGCCCCUACCCACCUCCAUAUGAUCUUCCUUGCCUUUUGUACCAGCUCCCCCACACACAUUGGGAGGACACCAUCCACCACCCUGUAGUGAGGGACAGUACCUGAAGGAGCCCAUCACCCAUUCUUCUACAGUAUGUCCAUCCCUUCAGGAUCAGUAGGGGGAAAGUACCAGAGCCCCUGGAUAGGGACAGAAAGGAGAGAACAACUAUAAAAAGAAUACUUAAAAUGUGAAAGUUUGUAAAUAGUCUAGUCCGUGAUGUUGUUGGGGCAGUCUGGUUUCUAAACAGAAACGACUUUUUAAAAAAAAUCCCUUACUGUGCAAGCUCUGUGCUUCAAGAGUGUGGGAAAUGGUGUGGGGAGGGUGACCCCCAAUUAGGAAGGCUAUUGUGUUAUUUGUUCAGUUUCAAUAAAAUUAUUUGUA